AUGCCUAAGCGCAUGAUCUUCCCAGGCUCUACAGACUAUGUCAUUGAGACGGUCGACAAGUUUUGGGAUGUUCGCGCUAACCUCUCACCGGCUUGUGUUGUGGUACCCAAUACCGCCAGUGAGGUUUCGCAGGCUGUUAAAAUCAUUGGUUCCUGCAAUGCACAAUUUGCUGUUCGGGGUGGAGGUCAUAUGAAUUACCCUGGGGCGAACAACAUCGACGCUGGUGUUCUUAUUGCCUUGUCAAAUUUGAACUCGAUCAAGGUGAAGAGAGAUACAGUAGACGUGGGUCCCGGUCUCACCUGGUACGACGUGUACUCAGCACUCGAGCCCUAUGGCCGUGUUUGCAUCGGAGGCCGUAUGAAAACAAUCGGGGUUCCUGGUCUUACUUUGAUCGGUGGCUUCCACUACUUCAACAAGUACGGAUACGCCAUGGACAAUGUUGUUAGCUACGACAUCAUUCUCGGAAAUGGCACCCAGAUCACCACCAACAAGACCUCCCACAGUGACCUCUUCUGGGCUUUGAAAGGCGGUGCAAAUAACUUCGGUAUCGUUACGCGAUUUGAACUGAAGACAUUUAAUGUGCCAAAAGUUAGCACCACUAUCCAGGUCUUCAACGAAACCCAUAUCCCUGAAUAUCUCGCCGCUGUUUGUGAGGCUGCCAAGUUGAACGAAGAGGACCCGACCGCCGCGGGGAUGAUUGCUACCAUCUCAUACAAUACAACCACCAAGAUAGCUCAAGGCACUCUCCUGGGUGUUCAGGAGGGUAUCAGCAACCCCCCUACCGAAUUCGCCAACUUCACAAAGGUCCCUGCCAUUCAACGCAUCCACAAUGUUACCACGAUCAAGCCUUGGGCCAAUCUACUUGAUUCUCCAAAGCAAAUGUUCCGGGUUCAAUUCUCUCACAAGACCAUGAAGCCCGAUGCAGAUGCCCUGUACUCGAUCUUCCAAGCUUGGAAGGGUGCAGUGGAUCAAGUCGCGGAUGUCGAGGGUCUUUAUCCUACCUUCGUCACCAAUGUCAUUUCCCCUACCUCUGUCCGUGUGGCCAAGUCCAAUGGCGUUGGUAAUGUCUGGGGGCUUGAAGAAGAGCCUCUGAUAAUUUGGCAAUUCAGCACUGGCUGGGCCCUCGCACAGGAUGAUCUCCGUAUGGAAGCUUGGUCUCGUCAACUGAGCGAACACCUCCACAGUAUUAACCAACAAAAGGGCAUUGCUUCUGAAUUUGUCUAUAUGGGAGACGCUGGUGAAUGGCAGGAUCCCUACGCUGGUUUCCCCAAGGAGAAUGUCGCUCUCUAUAUAAUAGGUGGUGAUGAGCGUCAGGUACAAUCAGAUCAUCAAUCACACUCUGAUAUCCAACCAUCACUAUUUGCGGAUAUUGAAGCCCUAAAGCAAACUAUGCAUUCCCUCACCACAUCAUUUAUCUCCCUCUCCUUGCUCUCUGGGGCAGUUCACGCCCAAAACGCCCAAAGCGUCGCCCGAGUCUGGACACACUUCUACCCUAACUGCCCCGGCGACGCCUUCUCCAAGCUAGACACAUACGAGAACUAUGAAGAAACAGCGCCAUCUAAAGAUAUCACAGUCGGCAGCUGUGAGAGCAUCCCAGUCCCCUCCUACGAGCAUAGCAUCGUCAGCGCCAUCUCCAUCGACGGCGAACUUCUCUCCCACAACCACGACCUCCCCUUCCUAGAAGGUGGCAGCGGCUGCAACAUCACCGUGCACGAGGUCCCAGAAUGCAUCGACCCACCUCUGAUUAGCAAGGAAAUUCGCAACGGUGUCGAGGUCAGUGAAUGUAAAGGACGCCAGUUCGCAGCAUACAACCAAGUGUGGGUGAACCUAGUGUGCGACAAAGAUAUCAACGGCAUUGCGGAUGGCGAUGUGGACCCUAAGGCCAAGAUGCAAGCCAAGCAAGCCAACACACAGCAGACGAACGAGCCCAAUGAACCUGUGCGUGCUGAGAAGCAGACGUCGAUUGAGGAUAUCAACAACAUCCAGACUCCCGGGUCGAACUCGGAUUCCUGGCAUUUGUCGCAGAUCACCCAGAACCAGCGUGAGCCUGAGCAGGAGGGUCGUGUUAACAAUGCUGGACAUGCUGAGAGUCAGCAGAUUGUUCAUAAGAUGAUGGAGCUGUUGAAGAAUAAGCCUUCUGUUCUUAUUGAUGGCAAGCACAAUGGUACUCAUCACUUGAAUGUGACCAUGCAUCACAACGGUACUGUUGCUGGCAACCGUACUGUUAUCUCGCGUCGACGUCUGUCUGCCUUGCGCUUGCGCAAGGCUCGGUUCGUUUGA